AUGGGAGUGGAGAAAAGGUAUUACCCUAUGUUUAUACCUCGUGAUUUUCUCGAGAAGGAGAAGGAUCACAUUGAAGGGUUUAACCCUGAAGUUGCUUGGGUUACAAGAGUUGGUGAUUCUGAUUUGCCAGUCCCAUUAGCUCUACGUCCAACUAGUGAGGCCGUGAUUUACCCUAAUUUUAGGGUCGAGAUUAGGAGCCACCGUGAUCUUCCAUUGAAGAUUAAUCAAUGGGCUAAUGCUGUUAGAUGGGAGAUUAAGGACCCUACUCCAUUCAUCAGGAGCCGUGAGUUCCUUUGGCAGGAAGGGCACACUGCUUUUGCCACCAAAAAAGAGGCUGACGAAGAGAGCUGCUUGUAUGAAGAGUUUCUUGCAGUUCCUGUUAUUAAAGGUUUUAAGAGUGAGAAUGAAAAGUUUGCUGGUGCACUUUACACCACAAGCAUUGAGAUAAUAAAGGAAAGAAAUCAAUUGUAUGGCAGAACUCGUGGGGAUUCAGUACCAGAUCGCUGUUGGAUCCGUGUUGAUGUAGAUAACCGCGAUAACUAUUCUUGCGGCUGGAAGUAUUCAGAUCAGGAACUGAAAGGUGCUCCAUUGAGAAUCGAAAUUGGUCCAAGAGAUUUGGCUAAAAAUCAGGUGAGAAUAGUGAGACUCGAUACGGGAGCUAAGAUGGAUAUUAAGAGAGAAUACUUGAUUGAAAAAAUUAAGGACUUGCUUGAAAACAUCCAGAGAAACCUCUAUGAUGUCGCAAAGAGAAAGGUCGAAGAAAGCACUCAAAAGGUUGAAACUUGGGAUGAUUUUGUUGAAGCUCUUAGCCAAAAGAAACUGAUUUUAGCUCCAUGGUGUGACGAAGUUGAAGUGGAGAAGGAUGUGAAAGAGCGAACCAGAGGUGAUGGAACUUUAGGCGGAGCUAAGACUCUAUGUACUCUACUUGAGCAGCCUGAACUAAGAGAAGAUACUCUAUGCUUUGCAUCAAGAAAGCCAGCGAAGAAAUGGACCUAUUGGGGAAGAAGUUACUAA